AUGUUAAAUGUGACUCGGGCCGUGGCUCGGAUGUCCGCCCAAAGACCUAUCCAUGUAAUUAUCAUGGUGUCUUUGAUGGCAUCCAUUGCUUAUUUGAAGAUUGUUGAUGAAUAUUUACCUUCAUCUUUACGUGGUGGUAGCUCUUCGUAUGUUGCUUAUUAUCAUCCACCAUCGAAAUCUGCUGAUUAUUCGAAAUGGCUGAAACUUGAUGGCUCCAUCGAUUUGGAAUCUGACUCGUCACCUUUUAAAGGAUGUCAUAUGGUUGCUGUGAAGCCGUUGGUGUUUAAAAGUGUAUUGGUUGCUACUGAGGCCCCUGAGCUUCCCUUAACUUAUCCAGGCCCCGUACCCAAUGAACGUGUUCUUGUAGUGGCUCCUGACAAACUUGAUGACUCCUUACGGGCAAUUGAAUCUAUUAAAGUCGAUGGAGUGGAUUGGAAGGCAAGAUCAGAUAAAAGAAUGUUCAAAUAUUAUGAAUAUUUGAAUCUGGCUAUAGCAAGACUUGUGACUGCUAUUCAAGAAGCUGAAAGCUUUGAUAUUAUGCUCAUAACUGUGGCUUACAUUGCAAUGCUUUAUACUUUGAUUAAAGUUUUUGUGGAUAUGAAGAAAGCUGGCUCAAACUUUUGGUUAGGGUUCUCAGCCCUUUGUAGUUCAACUUGUGCCUUUUUAAUUGGUUGGUUCGUCACAAAUAACUUUCUUACAAAUGAUCCUGUCACCAUAAGAUCAAUAAGUGAAGGUAUCCCAUUCCUUGUGGCUAUCGUGGGGUUUAAACAUAAGGUUUCUAUUGCAAAUGUCGUCAUGAGCGCUUCAAUGUCGUCAACCGUUGAUGUCCCUACUAUCGUUGCUAAAGCUGUGUCUUCUCAUACUUUAAGUUUCUUAAGAGAUAGUUUUGUGGUAAUCGGGGCCUUGCUUGCUUGUGUUAUCUAUGCUCCUCAUCUUAUUGGCUUGCAACAAUUCUGUGUGUUUGGAUCUGUUUUACUUACCUUUGAUGUUAUCUUUACCUACACUUUCUAUUCAGCCAUCUUGGCCCUAAAGGUGGAAAUCAAUAGAGCUCGUCGUACAGAAACUUUACAAGAAGCUCUAGAAGAAGAUGGUAUUAAUAAUUUAGCUGCUCAAAAAAUAGCCACCGGAACUUCUGAAGCAGAAUUUCCAAAUGAGAAACCCAUUUUCACUACUUCAAUUAUCUCCUUUAAAGUUGGUAUGAUUGCUGCUUUCUUUGCAUUCCAUAUUUUUUGGUUGGGUUCUUCUUGGUUGUAUACUUCAAGUACUUCAACCUCCGAACCUUUCAAAUUAUUUGUAACCUUGUCUCCUAAAUUGACUCCAACUGCUGUUAAACACGUUUCUAUUGGUAAAAAGGGUACUGUGGCUUUAAUCUAUUCUCCAACAGUUUUCAUGCCUAUGGGAUUCUUUGUUCAAGCUGAAGAUAUUGCUUUUGGUCUUUUACAAAAAGUAAGUGCUGCUGUUAGAGAUUCAUUUAUUUCCAAAUGUUUAUUAUUUGGUUUCGCUAUUUCCAUUUCUUCCAAUGUCUAUUUUUUAAAUGCUGCAAGAAGUCAUAGAAAUACUGCUAGUAUUUUGAUUAAUCAAGAAAUUUCCAAAUCAAAUACUCCAACUCCAUGCACUACUAAAGAUGAAACCGUUAGCAAACUUGAAGUUCACGAAAAGAAAGCAGGUAAAAAGAAGAAGGCAAAGAAUCAACCUAAUGGUUCAAUAAAUGGUGAUGCCUCGUCCAAACAACCUACUACACCCAAAUCCUUAUCUCUUGAAAAAUGUACUGAAUACUUGAAAGAGGGCCGUGUUAAAGAAUUGAAUGAUAGUGAUGUUAGUCUGUUGGUUAUCGCCGGUAAGCUACCACUUUAUGCAUUGGAGAAGCAAUUGGGUGAUACCACUAGAGCCGUUGUUGUUCGUCGUAAAGCUAUUGCUAAUCUUGCCAAUGCUCCUAUUUUGGAAACUGACAGAUUGCCCUAUGAAUACUAUGAUUAUGACCGUGUAUUUGGUGCUUGUUGUGAAAAUGUCAUUGGGUUUAUACCUUUACCUGUAGGUGUCGCUGGUCCAUUGAUUAUUGAUGAUAUUCCUUAUCAUAUCCCCAUGGCUACUACUGAAGGGUGUUUGGUUGCCUCCACCAUGCGUGGUUGUAAGGCUAUUAAUGCUGGUGGAGGUGUUCAAACUGUUCUUACCAAAGAUGGUAUGACAAGAGGUCCUUGUGUUAGAUUUCCUACUUUGAAACGGGCCGGUGCUUGCAAAAUAUGGUUAGAUUCUGAAGAAGGUCAAAAAGUUAUAAAGAAGGCAUUCAACUCUACAUCCAGAUUCGCUCGUUUGCAACAUAUCCAAACUGCCUUAGCAGGCACUACACUUUUUAUUAGAUUCAGAACCACAACUGGUGAUGCCAUGGGAAUGAAUAUGAUCUCUAAAGGGGUUGAGCAUUCAUUGAAAUUUAUGGUUGAAGAAUGUGGUUGGGAAGACAUGGAAACCAUUUCUGUUUCUGGUAACUAUUGUACCGAUAAAAAACCUGCUGCCAUUAAUUGGAUUGAAGGAAGAGGGAAGUCUAUUGUUGCUGAAGCUAGAGUCCCGGCAGAUGCUGUUCGUCGUGUUCUUAAAUCCGAUGUUGAUGCAUUGGUUGAGUUAAACAUUCAUAAGAAUUUAAUUGGUUCUGCUAUGGCAGGUUCUGUUGGUGGGUUCAAUGCUCAUGCUGCUAAUUUGGUUACUGCUGUUUAUCUUGCUUGUGGUCAAGAUCCUGCUCAAAAUGUUGAAUCCUCAAAUUGUAUUACCUUAAUGAGUAAAGAUGAACAUGGUAACUUACAAAUUUCCGUUUCAAUGCCUUCUAUUGAAGUGGGUACUAUUGGUGGUGGUACUAUUUUGGAACCUCAAGGUGCUAUGUUGGAUUUAUUGGGAGUUCGUGGUCCUCAUGCCACUAAUCCCGGUGAAAAUGCCAGAACUUUAGCUCGUAUUGUUGCUUCUGCAGUUUUGGCUGCUGAAUUAUCUCUUUGUUCUGCUUUGGCUGCUGGUCAUUUAGUCCAAUCUCAUAUGCAACAUAAUAGGAAAGGUGCUGCUACACCUGCUGCAACUCCCAAUGGUGCUAUUGAAUCAUCAACCGAGGAAUUAAAACGUCUAAAGGAAGGUUCAACCACUUGUAUCAAAUCCUAA